AUGGAAGCCAGUAGUGGCUGUUGUUGUUGGCGAACCUUCCAUCCACUUGCAAAGGUUACGGGUUGUUCUGGCUGUGGAAAAUGUGACUGCAGUGGAGUGAAAGGGCAAAAAGGUGAAAGAGGCUUGCCGGGAUUACAGGGUGUGAUUGGGUUUCCUGGAAUGCAAGGACCUGAAGGUCCCCCUGGGCCACCAGGGCUUAAGGGUGAUACUGGAGAACCAGGACUGCCAGGAACAAAAGGAACAAGAGGCCCACCAGGAUCAUCAGGAUAUCCAGGAAACCCAGGCCUUCCUGGCAUUCCUGGACAAGAUGGCCCUCCAGGUCCACCUGGUAUUCCAGGAUGUAAUGGCACAAAGGGUGAAAGAGGUCCCGUAGGUCCCCCAGGUUUACCAGGACUGACUGGAAGCAUAGGACCUCCAGGACCUCCUGGAAUGAAGGGAGAUCCAGGUGAAGUGAUUGGUCUUUUACCUCCUACUCUGCUAAAAGGUGAUAAAGGCUUUCCCGGCCAACCUGGACUACCGGGUCCACCUGGAACCCCGGGGUUUCAGGGGCCAAUGGGGCCACCGGGGCUUCCAGGAGAGCCAGGUCCUCCAGGGCAACCAGGACCCCCAGGUGAGAAGGGCUAUAUGGGCUUGGGCUUUCAGGGUCCUAAAGGUGAAAAGGGAGAACAAGGGGUAAGGGGCCCCCCCGGACCUCCUGGCCCAGCUCCACAUAUGAAAGAAAAAGGAAGUGAAAUCAUAAGGGGAGAAAAGGGUGAACCUGGUGAAAAAGGUGAACAGGGUGUCCCAGGAUUACCAGGUUCAGGUUUCAAAGGGGAAAAGGGUGAACCUGGAAAGCCUGGUCCACGUGGAAAGCCUGGAAAAGAUGGUGAGCCGGGACCAAAGGGAGAACCCGGUUUGCCUGGCGGUUAUGGGAUUCCCGGACGACCCGGUGAACCUGGUGUUAAGGGUGAAAAAGGUGACCAAGGUCUUCCAGGGCCGCCAGGAAGAGUUAUAGAUACUGGAGCAGUGGAUUCUUUUGGUGAAAAGGGAGACCCUGGAGUUUCAGGCUUGCCAGGACUGAAAGGUCAAAAAGGUGAAAAAGGUUUCCCUGGUAUACAAGGAAUCCCAGGUCCUCCAGGUCGACCUGUUCCAGAUCGGGUAGGAGCACCUGGUGUCCCUGGAGAGAGAGGUGAAAAAGGUGAAAAGGGUUCUCCGGGUUUCCCUUUACCCGGACCACCUGGAAGAGAUGGUUUCCCGGGUCCUCCUGGGUUGCCGGGCCCACCAGGUCCUCCAGGCGUAACAGAUGGAAUUGAUCAAUGCCAGCCAGGAGAACCGGGUGCACCAGGUAGACCUGGAGCUCCAGGACAGCAUGGAUUUCCAGGAGAGAUGGGAGAGAAAGGUGAGAAAGGUGAUUCCUGUGCCUUAUGUGAAGAAGUAGGACCUCCUGGACUCCCAGGACCACAAGGGCCACCAGGUCCAGCAGGUUUUCCAGGACAAGCGGGUUUCAAAGGUGACAGAGGCCUACCUGGACUUGAUGGCCUUCCAGGUGUACCUGGGCCCCCAGGCACUCCAGGACUUAUAGGCAGCCCUGGAGCAAAAGGAGAACCAGGAGAUUUUUCUUAUGAACCUUUCCUGAAAGGUGAAAAGGGAGAUCCUGGUUUCCCAGGACAACCAGGUAUUCCUGGAAGAGAAGGAACACCAGGAAAAGAUGGCCUGCCAGGUCCCCAGGGUCCGAAAGGAGCAUCGGGUACAGCUGGCUUGAAAGGAGAACGUGGUCCCCCCGGCCAACCUGGAUUCCCCGGAGUACGUGGUGAAAGAGGUUUUCCUGGUCCUCCUGGGACAGGCUCAGCAGGGUUGCCUGGUGACAAAGGAGACAGAGGCUUUGCUGGAACCCCAGGCUUACCAGGCCUUCCAGGGGCAAAAGGUGAAGCAGGACGAACUGUUCCUCUCCCUGGUCCUCCUGGGGCAGAUGGCCUUCCUGGGCCACCUGGUUUCCCUGGACCUCAAGGUGACAAAGGGAAUCCUGGACUACCAGGAAGACCUGGCCUGCCAGGAGAAAAAGGUGCUGUUGGGCAGCCAGGUAUAGGGUUCCCUGGACCUCCAGGACCCAAAGGUUUCCAAGGUCAGCCUGGCUCUCCUGGUCAGCCGGGCACUCCGGGAACUCCUGGCCUGGAUGGUUUGCCAGGUGCCCCAGGUUUACAAGGGCAAAAAGGUGAACCUGGAGUAGGUCUCCCAGGCCCUAAGGGAUUACCAGGCCCACCUGGCCCAGCUGGUAUCCCUGGAGAAAAGGGAAAUCCAGGAUUGCCUGGCUUACGUGGCGAGCAAGGGUUUCCAGGGAUUCCUGGUCAGCAAGGAUUCCGAGGUGACCCUGGCCUCCCCGGAUUACAAGGUUUACAGGGCUCUCCAGGUGCACCAGGACUAGGCCCGCAGGGAUCACCAGGACCUGCUGGACAACCAGGACCCCAGGGACCACCAGGAUUUCCUGGAAUAAAAGGAGAAAGGGGUUUUCCUGGUAUCCCAGGUCUAGAUAUGCCAGGACCAAAAGGGGAUAAAGGUAGCCAAGGCCAGCCUGGAGUACCAGGGUCUGUGGGGUUACCUGGCCUGCCUGGACCACAAGGGGCAGUUGGACUGAAAGGAUCAGCAGGAACCAAAGGAGAAAUGGGAGUUAUGGGGACUCCUGGAUUGCCGGGGUCUCCUGGACUAGUUGGAGAUCGAGGGUUCCCUGGUGAAAAAGGUAACCAAGGUUUCAAAGGAGUAAUUGGACCACAAGGUGAUCCUGGUGUCAAGGGGGAUAAAGGUGAAGUAGGUCUCCCUGGAAAACCUGGAAGCAUGGACGGCAUGGACAUGGUUAGUCUCAAAGGCCAAAAGGGAGAUCAAGGAGAAAAAGGGGACCAUGGAGCAACAGGAGAAAAAGGGUUACGUGGGGAGUAUGGAGAACCAGGAAUUCCAGGGAAGGACGGUGAACCUGGUACUCCAGGACAUCCAGGACCAAAAGGUGAUCAAGGGCCCCCGGGGUACCCAGGAGAUCCAGGAAUCCCAGGACAAAAAGGAUCAGUUGGUGAAAUGGGUUUGCCAGGAACACCUGGAGAAAAAGGUCUGCCAGGAAUUCCAGGUUCACCAGGGACACCAGGGUUCCCUGGGCAAAAGGGUGAAAAAGGAGACAAAGGAGCAGCAGGUUUUCCUGGAAUUGGCUUUCCAGGGUCUCCUGGUGAGAAGGGAGAACCGGGAAGAACGGGUAGUCCAGGUUUAUCUGGAGAAAAGGGUGAAAAAGGACUUCCUGGCUUAAGUGGCAUUCCAGGUUUAAAAGGAGAACCAGGUGAACCUGGUCUUCCGGGCCCUACCGGUUCCAUUGGGCAGAAAGGUGAACCAGGUUAUGAUGGGAUUCCAGGUGCAGCUGGUGCAAAGGGUGAACAAGGUCUUCCAGGUAGAGGACUUCCAGGAUUUCCAGGUGCAAAGGGAGAUAAAGGUGCAAAAGGUGAUGUGGGUUUUCCAGGAUCCCCAGGGAGCCCGGGGAUCCCAGGCCUGAAAGGAGAACCAGGAUUUGUAGGUCCACCAGGCCCUAAAGGCAGCCAAGGUCUUCCUGGACUGCCAGGAAGUGCAAUGGAGGGACCUAAGGGAGACAGAGGACCCCAAGGCCAACCUGGCCUUCCAGGUUUACCAGGACCAAUAGGGCCACCAGGAACCCCAGGACUGAAAGGGGCCAAAGGAGAACAGGGGAGUGAUGGUUGGCCUGGGACGCCUGGGGGUCCAGGAGUCAAAGGUGACCCAGGAUUCCAGGGCUUGCCUGGUAGUCCAGGUCUACCAGGAGAUAUUGGUCAAAAGGGUGAUUUGGGACCUCCAGGAGUUCCAGGCGUUCCAGGUCCAAAAGGAUCUCCUGGCUUCCCGGGUCUUAAGGGAGAGCGAGGUGACCAAGGUCUUCCUGGAUCUAAAGGUUUACAAGGUCCACCAGGCCCACCAGGUGCUUUUCAGCUUGUUAAAGGGGAUCCUGGCUUACCUGGCCCUGUAGGACCAGUUGGUCUCAAAGGAUUCCCGGGAGUUCCAGGUCCCAAAGGACAGCAAGGGGUUACAGGACCUUCAGGUAUACCUGGGCCACCGGGUAGCCCAGGGUUUGAUGGUAAACCUGGGCAAAAAGGAGAAGUUGGUCCUUAUGGUCCCCCAGGGCCCAGAGGAUUCCCUGGUCCACCUGGUCCUGAAGGUUUGCCUGGGGCUAUGGGCCCACCAGGUGCAGCAUCUGUUGCUCACGGUUUCCUUGUUACCAGACACAGUCAAACCACUGAAGAACCACAGUGUCCUUUUGGAACGAGGCUGAUUUACCAUGGUUACUCCUUGCUUUAUGUACAAGGCAAUGAAAGAGCACAUGGCCAGGAUUUGGGCACGGCAGGGAGCUGUCUUCGUAAAUUUAGUACUAUGCCAUUCUUAUUCUGCAAUAUCAACAAUGUAUGUAACUUUGCAUCAAGGAAUGACUAUUCCUACUGGCUGUCCACUCCUGAACCCAUGCCAAUGAGUAUGGCUCCUAUCACUGGUGAUAAUAUCAGACCGUUCAUCAGCAGAUGUGCUGUGUGCGAGGCUCCCGCUAUGGUAAUAGCCGUUCACAGUCAGACAAUUCAAAUACCACAGUGUCCUGAGGGCUGGAGUUCACUUUGGAUUGGUUACUCCUUUGUCAUGCACACCAGUGCUGGUGCCGAGGGCUCCGGCCAGGCCCUGGCCUCUCCAGGUUCCUGCCUAGAGGAAUUUCGCAGCGCUCCCUUCAUUGAAUGCCACGGCCGGGGCACCUGCAAUUAUUAUGCAAAUGCUUACAGCUUCUGGCUUGCCACUAUAGAGAGGAAUGAGAUGUUCAAGAAACCAACACCCUCAACGUUGAAAGCAGGGGAUCUGCGCUCAAACGUUAGCCGUUGUCAAGUCUGUAUGAGAAAAACAUAAUGACUUUUGAAUUUCAACUAAUUUCACACAAUAUGGUGCUAUUCGUUUAACAGCAAUGAAGCCUAGACAUAUAUCAUAUGUACCUCAUUGUUGUCGAAUAUGAAAACAGUAAAGUGCCUUUUAGGAACUUGCAUAACUAACACACACUGCUUUACUGGCCCUGUCCUUGCUGAAGAUGAAAAGAGACAACAAAGAUAAGCUUCAAAUGUUGACAUGCCAAAUGGCACUUUUGAUCAAAAUAUAUAUAUUUUUUAUAUAAAUGCAAUGCACUGAUAGAAUAAAAAGUCAGAGUUCAUCCAGAAAAAAAAUGCAAAGGUGCUAGGAGAUAUGCAGUUCUGCCUUAUACUGUUUGACUCCCCUUUCUCAUUCUUGUAUUAUAUAUUUAGAUUCAUUCUCCUUCCCCAGAUAAGCUUGUUGUUACCAUUAUCUAGCUGUCUCAAAAUCCAAAACUCUUAGGUAUGUACUUAUUCUUCCUGUACAAAGCAAUACUAAUGUAAAAAAGAGUUUUAGGAUUACAGAUUGUGGUUAAGCAGCAAGUAACCAUGUUUCCAAAACAUAAGAGUGCCAUCCUGCAAACCUUUCCUUCUGUUUGUAGUGCUAUUGGUUUUAAUAGGACUACAUUUGGAAGAGAUUGCCUAACUGAUUUCAGAAAAAGGCAAGUAAGUAUUUCUGCUAUGUUGGUACUAUGCAGCUUCCUUAUGCAGUAGAACAAACUUUCUGUGGAAUAAGGAAUGAUCCAGCAAUGGUCAAGAAAAAAAAUAUAUAAAUAUUUUAGUAAUUUAUAUAGAUAUCAACCAUUAGGCAAAUCAAGCUUUGAGUUUAUCACUUCAAAAAGAAGCUUACAAAAGUUUUCUUUUUUUCAGUGUCAUAAAUUAGAUGUUAAAUGCCAAAAUAUGAUGUGAAAUGUUCAUUUUGCAUAGCUCAUUUCAAUACUGAAGUCUGUAAAUUGCAGAGACUGAACCCAGGUUAAUAGCUAUUUGUCUUUAUUAUAGUAAAUCCUGCUUUGAGCUUAUAGUGUUUAUUCUGUAUUUAAUAUUUUUCAGGGUUUUAAACACUACUCACACACUGAAUGACUUGAUUUUGAAAAAUGAUAAGGCCUUAAUUUUGUUAAUACUGUGCCAAAAAAAGUCUUCCAAGUGGCCUAAGAAAUAUUUCUAAAGACUUUCUAUGCAAUUAUACCAAUGUUUAGACAAAUCUGUGUCUGAAAGUGUUUUAUAGACUAUAACCAUGCAAAUGCCAAAAGAUUCUUAGAAAUGCCAAGGCCUUCAUGUAAUUUCUUAAAUUUGUAUUUCUCAAGAAUUCAAGUUUGUAAUAAAACUAUUUGUGUAAAAAAAGAACAGAAGAAAAGAAAAAGUUUUUGCUAAUUUGUUAUCAGCAUUCAUUUACAGCAAUGAAUUAAUUUUUAAUAAGCCACCAAUAAAUGCACAAGCUUGAUGCAAUCCUAUAUUAUUUUUGUUUUGCACAUCUUGCAGAUGUACAAAGCAUCUUUAAAAGGGGAAUACAGGACACUGUACUGACACCAAAGUUGUUACCUUAUUAGAACUGGUACUGGUAAACAAAACGCAGGUUAUACAUCUGUUAUUGACAUAUGUUUGAUGUUAACAUAUUAUAAAAAUGAUCUAACUUAGCUCCUGGGAAACAAUCAAGUUGCACAUAUUUUUCACUGCUCCUUUGAAUUUUUCGUGCACAAAUCAGAACUGAAUUAAGUAGAAUAAAAAUCAAAGGCAUCCGAUAUAAUUUUGCUUGUGAGCAGGCCAGUUGAAUCUUGACUGUGGUUGCCUGAGGAAGAAAUGGGCCAUGGUGUCUUUUUCCAUGGCAAAAGCACAUAAUUUGUUCACGUUCCAUGUUGUUUUCCUAAAUUUUUGAAGAGGUCGCUGCUGGUCUGAACUCGCUUUCACGUAAAAUCCUUGAGAACAUUGGCUGGCCGACCCCAAAUACAAAUUGGCCAAUUCCUUUAGUACUGAUCCUUCCUCUCAUGGAAAUUUAGAGAGAUGAUCAUUUCGUUGAUAAAUGACCAGUCCUCAAAAAAGUCCCUUAUUAGCCUAUAGCAUGGCAGGCAUGUGUUUAUAGCUGGUCAGCCUGAUGUAUUCUUUUCCAAAGUGUCAUGUGGUUUUCAGAGGAAGAGGAGAAGAACCUGAGGUGGUUCCUCCUGGCAGCUAGGAAGAAUUAAACAGAUGUUCAGCAUUCUCUAUCUCAGAGCAUCCAAGCUGCUGGUCAGACUUUCUAAUUACACUCUUCAGCUUAUCUCCUGGUCAUCUAGGGUUUUAAUUUGCUUGGUUUCAGUUUUCCCAAUACUGCCAGCCAGUUGGAUUUAUGAAGUCAUCCAAGUUAUGCUUAAAUGGAAUCUGGGCAUAAGGAAACAAUCCCAUUUGCCAGUGAAGGUUCUGCUCACUGCAGCUAGGUGUGUACUGACCUGUAUUUUCUCAACGGGGAGCAUUUUGAAAACAAGGUCCUUUGAAAAUUUUCAAAAAUUGUUUAAACUAUAGUUUGAUGCCUUACUUAUCUAGUGGUAAUUAUUUAUUCCGUAAUGUUCAGCUCAUAAUUACCUAAACCUUUGUCAUGCUCUUUAUACUAAAGUCAGUAAGUAAAUUUGCUCAGUGGCUGUUGAUGCAAAUCAGAUCUACAGAUGUUCUGGACUCUACUUUUUGAGGCCCUGAGUGAGGAAGAGCAAUUUCCCAUGCACUAAAACAGAAGUGUGAAACUAUCUCUUUCUUUAAAAAAUGUGCCAGAAUCCCAUAUUCAGUUAUUUUGGCCAGCAUUGUUGCUACAGUACAAUUCAUUGUAUGAAUAGGGAAGUGCAAACACAUCGUUUGUUAAAAUUGUCUUACAUAAGCUUAAAUUUCAGGAUAAAGCUUUUCUAAAGAAGUAUGGCUUGGUUAGCAUGCCUGACUGUUUCUGAAUGCAUUACUUGAAGAAUAACUUUCGUGACGGAAAUAAAUACAUUUCUAAAA